CACAAGUCCAACAAGCCAACAAGAAGAAACUUCUAUGGAGAAAUGCGAAGAUUGCCAUUCAUGCAUGUUGCAAAAAAUGAAAGGAAACAAGAAUCCCAUUUUCCAAGAAACUGGAAACCCAUCAAGGAUUCCGACCGAGAAAUGAUCAACAUCCAUUGCUUCAAUUCUCUGAUAGUUUUACCCUUCUGCAAUAGUUUCGGCAUUCUCAGCGCCGUUAUUCAAAGGACCGUUAAUCUCGUUGGUUCAUGGAGGGAAAAGACUAGAGGGGCAUUAGUGUUAUUAUAUUGAAGUUUAAGGGGUGGUCUUGAAGAGCUUCCAAACGUAAUAACACAAUAAAUAUUAGCUGAGAUUGAAGGUUGGAAGAGCGAAACAAAUGGGACUGUGAAAUGACAAUUACUUUGUCCCAAAACCCACAGGUAAUUACACAUUACCCUCAAUCGCAAACCCAAAUAAAUAAUCAGCAAAAUGAACGUCUCUCGAAUUGGUGCUACCUCGUAAGGAAUCAUAUCUCCAAAGGAUCACCAAGAGAAGCCAUUGUUUUGUUCACCCAAAUUCGCCGUAAAGGACUUCACCAUCUGGGUGUGGUAGUCCCUUUGAUUUUCAAGGCUUGUGCUUCUCUUUCCUUCCUUAGUUUUGGGAAAGCUUUGCACGCAGAUUCGGUCAAGGCCGGGGUGGAUUGUGGGGUUAUGGUUGGGACCUCAUUGGUUGACAUGUAUGCUAAGUGUGGCAAUGUGGUUGACUCGCGUAAAAUGUUUGAUUAUAUGCCUGAUAGAAGUGUAGUGACAUGGAAUGCCAUGAUCGGGGGGUACCUGAGGAAUGAAGAUACAAGAUCGGCGUCAGUUUUAUUUGAAAGGAUGUCGACGCGAAAUGCAGUGACUUGGAUUGAAAUGAUUGAUGGGUUUGCAAAGCGCAGAGAUACUGUUACUGCCAGGCGAUUGUUCAACAGGGUUCCACCUGAGUUGAAGAAUGUCGUGACUUGGACUGUGAUGGUUGAUGGGUACACCAGCAAUGGGGAUAUGGAGGCAGCGAGGGAAAUUUUUGAGGAGAUGCCAUACGGGAAUUUCUUUGCUUGGUCGUCAAUGAUUUCUGGGUACUGUAGGAAGGGUAAUGUCAAAGAGGCCAAGGCCAUUUUCGAACGAAUUCCAGUCCGGAAUUUGGUGAAUUGGAAUUCAUUGAUUUCCGGGUAUGCGCAGAAUGGGUUUAGUGAGAGAGCCCUGGACGCAUUUGGUGAAAUGCAAGCUGAAGGAUUCGAGCCUGAUGAGGUCACUAUUGCGAGCGUUCUAUCUGCCUGUGCUCAAUUGGGGCUGUUGGAUGCUGGUAAAGAAAUCCACUGUGCGAUACAUCGUACGGGGAUUCGCAGCAAUGUGUUUGUUUUAAAUGGAUUGGUCGACAUGUAUGCAAAAUGUGGGGAAUUAGCCAUUGCGAGGUUGGUCUUUGAAAGGAUUGAUGAGAAGAACGUUGCCUGCUGGAAUGCCAUGAUCUCGGGUUAUGCCACUCAUGGACAAUGCGAAGAGGCUCUUGAAAUUUUUGGCAGAAUGGAAAGUUCCAAUAAAAGACCUGAUGACAUAACCUUUCUUUCCGUUCUCUCAGCAUGUGUACACGGGGGUUUUGUCAAUGAAGGUAUGGAAAUAUUUUCCAAGAUGGAGAAGUACAGCUUGAAACCAAGCAUCAAGCAUUAUGGUUGCUUAGUUGACCUUAUGGCACGAGCAGGGCGAUUGAAAGAGGCUUAUGAUUUGAUCAAGAGAAUGCCAAUGAAACCCAAUGACACAGUUUGGACAGCCAUGCUGGGAGCUUGUCGAAUUUAUCUGGACAUGGAGAUGACAGACGAGAUAGUAAAAGAGGGAACUUUAAAUGCGAAGAUGAUGACUGCUAAUGAGUCACUUUGCGUUCUUCUGUCACAUAUUUAUGCUGCUUCAAAUAGAUGGGAGAAGGCUGAAAGGAUGAGGACGCUCAUGAUUAAUGAAGGGAUGCAAAAGACACCAGGGUGCAGUUCUCUUAUACCCAGCAGUACUAAGAACACCAUUUCGGGCUGUUAAUAGAUAAAGAACAGAUGUAUAGGAGCGAACCUAUAUUUUGAAAUCAAAGUCCUAAGUUAAAGUUGCGCAGGGCGGAAUGCAUAAAUGACAUUCUAGCAGUACCUGUUGAAGUGUUUGCCCGAGUUUCUUCACCCGUAUACGAUGCCUAUCUUUACAGCUUCUGAAGUUUCUCCAGCCAAAUUUCUCGAAAAAAGUGGUGAAAUAGUAUAAUUAGAGGAUUCCUCCCAAAGUACUUGGUUAACAGCAA